AUGGCGUUGGCACUCUCCACCAGGAUCAGCCCCAGAUGGGCCCAGAGAGAGAGGAGCGGCUCUGUUGGGAUCACUGCUUAUCCCAAGAGGGGACAAGGGAGCAGAGGAGCUUCCCACAAACCCACCCUGUCCCGGUUUGCUCCUGGGCUGUGUCCCACCUAUAAAAACCUCCCUCUGGAUUUGUUUUCCUUAAUCCCCCCCCUUCCAGAAUGCCCCUCUUCCAGUGGCAAGCCCAACCACGCAGACAUCCUGCUCGUAAACUUACAGUACGUGUCAGAAGUGGAAAUAAUCAAUGACCGCACGGAAACGCCUCCCCCUUUAGCCUCCCUCAACGUCAGCAAGCUUGCCAACAAAGCGCGGACGGAGAAGGAGGAGAAGAUGAGCCAGGCAUAUGCAAUUAGUGCUGGUGUCUCUCUGGAGGGGCAGCAGCUCUUCCAGACCAUCCAUAAGACCAUUAAAGACUGUAAAUGGCAGGAGAAGAACAUAGUUGUGAUGGAAGAAGUCGUCAUUGCCCCUCCGUACCAGGUGGAAAACUGUAAAGGCAAAGAGGGAAGCGCCCUGAGCCACGUACGCAAAAUAGUGGAGAAACACUUUCGGGACGUGGAGAGCCAGAAGGUCCUGCAGCGUUCACAAGCACAGCAGACACAGAAGGACACGUCCCUCUCAUCCUGAGGCCACCUCGGGCUCACCCCGUCCCCGUGUCCCCUCCCCGGAGGUGGCACUGGGGGCACCUUCAACUUUUAUUUCCUUUUUUUUUUUUUUUUUUUUUUUUUUUUUUUUUCUCUCUCUCUCUCUCUCUCUUGGGAAUCUCAACCAAUUCCAAACUUUAGACUUUAAAACAAACGAGAAAAAGAAAAAAGAAUAAUUUAAAGCUCCUCACGCAUUACUUGACUAACAGACUUUGUUUUUCCGCCAUGGUUUCUCCCUCCAGCCAGUCAGACUCUGUUAAUUUUAUUUUUUGGACUUUUUUUUUCCUUUUCCUCCCAAUUCCUGCCUCCCUGUUCCCCAAAAUGCCCCCCAGAAAAUAAAGUUAACGAGCUGACUGUGGUGGCCCACCCGGGACCCUUGUGACCUACGUGGUCUCGUUUUAAUUUUCUUUGCACAGGGCAAGGCUUGAAUUAGUCUUAUUUUUCUUAUCUUUAAAUAUAUAUAUGAAUAUAUAUUAAAAUGUUCUUUAAAUAUUUGUCUGCUUCUAGCAGGGUCGUGGCAAAAAAUCCCUCUAACCUGCCCUGGGAGCAGCCAGAACCUGGAUUUGGGGUUUUCUCCCCAUUUCCUUUAUGUUUUUAAAUUCUUUUUUGCCCUUUUUCAUUUAAUUUUUCAUUUCUUUUUUAAUUUUAAUUUUUUUUUUUUUUGCCACGAUCCUCCCCCCUCUCCGUUUUAUUUCCUUUCUUUUUUUUUUUU